AGAACUGGUUCAUUGCUUUUGUCUACAAGACAAAGAUCAUGUCACCAUGACGACUUUAGCAAACAGCAGCACGUUUACGUCCUUGGUGACAGAAGGGAGGAACUCGUUUGGGUUUUGUCAGGUCAUGAUCGCACACACUUGUGGAAGUAAAAGAUGGCAGGACGAGAAUCUCGGAGCAGUGUUUGUGUGAAGAUGUGCCCUCAGCAGAGAGCUCGUCAUGAAGCCUACAGCGAGCCGUCUAAAGAAGCUCAGAGCUGGAUGGCAGCGGCGAGACAGCGUGUGUGCGCACACCUGAAUAAUCAAAAAUCCCGCCAAGUCUGCAAACUCACCGCUGCUGCUGAGCGUCAAAAUCAACUCACAGCACAAUUAAAAGCCGCCGAGGCGAGGAAUCGUGUUAGACAGCUGAGACAACACUAUCAAAACCUGAAGGAGCAGGAAAUUAACUUAAUGAUUUCAUGCCAGUCUAACGCGCAGAGGGCUGUACGCCUGGAGCAGCUACUCCCAGUGAGAGAGAGGAAGAUAAACCACACAGACUGCAUGGACCAAUUACAGAGACGACAAAUUGAGGAGAUCCUAGAGGAUGAGAAGGGCCUGUCCACCAGUUAUAGAUGACUGAAGAUGAAAAGGAAUAUAUUUCCUGAAUGAUCUGAGACUGAAAAUGCAGAGUAUUGUGGCCUUGCAUGCCAAAUAUUUAUGCGUAUGUUUGUAUUCUAUAUAUAUUUCUUAGUCAAAAUUUCAAGAUAUAUUACCUUGCCACAGACCAGUGAAGCAAUUAUGUUAAGGGAUUCUGGCUGAUUAUGAUUUAAAUAAUUAUCAUUAUUACAGAGUCUGGUAACCGAUAGAUGGGCAAUAUUACAAUUCUAUGCUAUUUUGUAAAUAA